AUGCGUCUCCGGUCGAACCACGUUCUUCCUGACCCCAACCAAGUUGCUCCUCUCCCUCGCCGUCGUCGACAGACGCGAGCUUCUUCGGCACAGCCAACUGAGCCUGCCACUGAGUCUGCCACUACCACUGCCAGAGCUCCCGUCAAGAAGGUCACCAAGAAGACCCGCGGCAAGAAGAAUACCCGCAAGGCCAAAACCGAAAGCCCUGAACCCGAGAUUCCCACCACUUCCACUUCGCCGGCCCCCUCCCCGGUAAUCUCCCAGACUCACAGCCCUCUGGCCGCCACCCCGGCCGUCCAGUCCAUCGAUGACAGUGAGUUGGAAACCCCCAUUAGUCCCCAGAACACCCAGGAUACCCCCAAAUCACCCCAACAUGGCCCCAACGAGGUUCCUAUCCCACCUGAAGACUUCCCUCCGGUGCCUGAGACGCUACUCGGCGCAUCUCUCUUCUCCAUUGAAGAGCUCGAUGAGCCGGACUCCCCCUUCCAGCAGCGUUCCCGAGAGCGCGCUCGGGAGCUACAGCGGGAACGAAUUGCGGAACGAGACCGGAUCCAGCAACGAAUCCUUGCGCGAAUCGCCGAGAAUCAGCGUGCUGUUGAGCAGGACCGUAUCCAGCAGCAAUUCCUUGGGCUUAUUCAAGAACCGCAACGCCGUGCAGAGUCACAGCGCAUUGCCAAUGAGCAGCGUGUUCGCGAAUCCCAAAUUCCUCCCUUCUCCCUUGUCAACCCCCAAUACCCAUCCCUCUCCCCUCCUGAAGAUGAGGAUGAAUUCUUUGAUGCCGAUGAGAUCAUUGACCAGAAAUCCGCGUCGGCCAGGAGGUGGCUAUUGCACAAAAAGUACUCUCAUUUGCGACGUCCUGAGCCUCUCUCACCCUUCAGCGAGGACCGCAAGUACCGCAUCAUGAACAACAUGGACCUUCCCGAUCCCCCAGAAAUUUGGACCAAAAUCAAGGAAACGCAGGGGCUAACUUAUUACGAAGACCAUUGGGGCAUCAAGCGAGUGUACCAGCCAGACCAGCCCGAAUCUUCGCCCGCCAAACGACAGAAGUCAUCAACCGCUUCCCCGGCUUUCCUCUCAUCUCCCCGCACCCGUAGAGCUUCCCGCAAAACUUACGCAGAUCGCACCCGCCGCCGACAAAUCGAGGCCAAUGGCCGAAUCGACCGGACUAUCUUUCGCCUUCCUGAACUGCUUGCUCAACAACAGGCAGAUGCUGCAGCGAACACAGCUCGCUUGUCCUCCAAUUCAGAUGACUCCAUUCCUCCCAUGACCCCACCGUCCGCCGCACCUGCACCCGCUCCCGCUACAGUGCAUGCCAACAAUGCCAACGCCAGCCUGCCGAGAACAAUUUUCAAUUCACUUACUCGUCGUUGGACCAGCCUGUGGGGAAGGACCCCCGCCGAAGAAGAGGCUGCAGAGCAGCCCAUUGGUACGACUUUUACCCAUGAAAUCCUUUUCUAUAGCUCACAUCAUGUCUCAGUGGAAGAACCUCAAACCCCCCGUGCUCAAAACAUUGCCUCCGACCCACCCGCAUCUGCCCCCUCGGCAUACUAUGCCGCGCGGUCAAGACAUGAGACUUCCAAUACAGUGACACGUCGACAGACCGGCAAUCCUCGCGUCCGUCGUCGCACAAAUGCUCGUCCUUACUACCCAUCCCGCAACUACGACCUCUACCCUCGCGGUUUUGACGAAGCCCUUCUUGACCGUUGCUUCGCCGGCAGCACCGCCCUAGGCCAGCGCAAAGUCCCCGCUCCGUCCCAACAGACACAAGCACAUGAAAAGGCAAAAGCAGCAGAAAGUGAAUCUUCAAACAAGCGCAAACGUCAGCCCUCCCCCGAUGUGAUUCCAAACCCUCCAGGUUGCAGUUACGGCUUGCAUGAUGACUACUUCACUUACGACGAUGACGACGAGGCAUGGGCCGCUGAGGAACAGGCACGCCGAGAUGCCGAGAAGACCUCCACAGUUUCCUUGGAGCCUGCCACAAAGAAAGCCCGGGUGAACUUCAAUCAUGCGGGGCACUUUGAGGUGCCCGACUCAUCUGAUUCAGAGUCUUCUAUCCUUGCUCAACCACCCGUGACCAACAAGGUCAGCGAAUCGGUCAACAAAUCGGGCCAUUUUGAAGUCCCCGAGUCAUCGGAAUCAGACGAUUCCAGCACAAACCACAGCACAGACAACAGCACAGAAAACAGCACAGACAACAGCACAGACAACAGCACAAAUAUUAGCCCAACGAAAUCGUCCAGCCGCAAGACCCAGGAUGCGCGAUCAAAGAGAAGCCCCUCCCCUCUGACCAAGGCUCGUCGCACCGCCGAGCAACACAAACCCAAAACCCCCAGUCGUCUCCGUGCAGCUCACCGUUAUUCAAUGGAUCCUGUUGUGAUGGAGAACUUGAACAAGAUGAUGACCAGUGAUAAUCCCGCUGAGCGGGAAAGAGCUGCAACCGUCCUGCAGGCUUGCCCAACCGGGGACCUCCGCCAAAUCAAAUGGCCCAAGACUAAGACAUGGGUCGCCAAGAUUGAUCUCUCUUGGAAGGACGUGAACGCACGCGACCGGACCUUUAACAGAUUUAUGCAAGUCGGGGGGCUUGACUAUGAUAAGCAGCGCAGAGACCAGGCGCACGAGCGGUUCAAGAAGUCGGUUGCAAUUCUAGCCAAAGCUCGCCGUAAUGGCCAAUGUGCAAUUGUUUAA